CCCUGGGCCCACCCUGGCCUCCAGGCUCCCCACAGGCCCUGGGCAUGCUGUUCCCUGACCCCAGCCCUCCAACUGUGACUCACGCACAACCUGGCCUGGCCCAAGGUCGGGACACGGGGGUGGGGAGUCCAUCCUCCAAGCCUCUGUUAUGCAUCUGUAAAUGGGAAGGGAUCUGCUCUUCGCCCAGGAUGGUUUCUGAGCACCUGCCUUGGUGGCCGUGGUCUCCCCGCUCACACCUGGGGUGAGCCAGCAGGUUCUCCUGGGUCCCUUUCUCUGUGGCCACACUGGAGACACCGGGGUCUUCCCGAGUUCCCGUUUCCAGAGGCGUGAGGAGGGCAUGGCUGUGGGGACUUUAGGGGACUCUGCAUCUAAGUCCACUCUGCCCUCCUUGGUGGCUUCUUUGUAGAAGGUGACCCACAAUCCUGGCCAGAGACCCCAUCAGGGACUCCUGUGACUCCGGGAUCCCGGCCUGGUGGGGAGGAGAAUCCCUAUCCCCUAAUUCCAUGGAGGGCUGUGGUGUGGACCAUGGAGCCCCCAUUGCUGGUGCUGAUAGCAUGGAGGCCAGGAGUGGGGGCAGGGGUCCUCAAAGAGGGGCUGCAGGGGAGGAGAUCAGCUUGGAACGUGUGAGUGUGCCCAAUGACCAGCACAGACCACUGGGCCUCACAGGUUCCCUCGGAGACAUGGAGGCCAGAGAGGAGGAGGCCCAGGCCACGGAGAGCAGCCUCACAGGGCAGGAGGCCACAGCACCAGAGCUCCAGGCCGCGGGGGGGCCCAGGCCCCCGAGUCCACCCGGCACAGACACAGAUCCACCCCCAGAGCCAACGACCCCCACGUCCCCAGGAGGCCCCGAGGAGAUGGAGGAGCAGGAGCCAGAGACCGGGUCUCAGGAGGCAGCCGCGGCAGCAGCCAGCCCCUGGAGUGGGCCAGAGGAGCUGGAGCUGGUGCUGCGGGACGGGCGGAGGUGCGUGCAGGCCCGACUCAGCCUCGCCGAGGGCCUGUCCUGGGGCCCGUUCCAGGGGAGCAUCCAGACCAGAGCCUCGUCCCCCCGGCCCGCAGAACCGGGCCCGGCCCUGACCCUGCUUCUGGUGGAUGAGGCCUGCUGGCUGAGGACACUGCCCCAGGCCCCGACAGAGGCCGAAGCCAACGCAGAGAUCCACAGGAAGGAUGACACCCUCUGGUGCAGGGUCACCAAGCCAGUGCCUGCAGGUGGACUCCUGCAUGUGUUCCUCAUGGCCGAGCCCCGCGGCCACCCUGUGAAGAAGGAGCCUGCAGAGCCCGAGUGUCCCGCCCCAGUGCCCACCGACAUCCAGCUCCUGCCCCAGCAGGCCGGCAUGGCAUCCAUCCUGGCCUCUGCGGUCAUCAACAAGGAUGUCUUCCCCUGCAAGGACUGCGGCAUCUGGUACCGCAGCGAGCGCAACCUUCAGGCCCACCUGCUCUACUACUGUGCCAGCCGCCAGAGCGCCGGCUCCCCAGCCACGGCAGCCACGGAGGAAAAGCCCAAGGAGUCCUACCCCAACGAGCGCGUCUGCCCCUUCCCCCAGUGCCGCAAGAGCUGCCCCAGUGCCAGCUCCCUGGAGAUCCACAUGCGCAGCCACAGUGGAGAGCGGCCCUUCGUGUGCCUCAUCUGCCUGUCAGCCUUCACCACCAAGGCCAACUGCGAGCGCCAUCUCAAGGUGCACACAGACACACUCAGUGGUGUCUGUCACAGCUGUGGCUUCAUCUCCACCACAAGGGACAUCCUCUACAGCCACCUGGUGACCAACCACAUGGUCUGCCAGCCUGGCUCUAAGGGUGAGAUCUACUCUCCAGGGGCCGGACAUCCAGCUGCCAAGCUGCCCCCAGACGGUCUUGCCAGCAUCCAGCAACACUCAGCCCCACAUGGCCCCCGGGCCUCGGGGGACCUAGGCUUGGCACCUGCCCCAUCACCAGGACAAGACAGGAAGGUCCUGGCUGAGGCCACCAACGGAGAGGCCAGAGUGGCCCCCCAGAAUGGCGGCGGCAGUGAGACCCCUGCAGCUCCCAGGAGCAUCAAAGUGGAGGCGGUGGAGGAGCCAGAGGCAGCCCGUGCUCCGGGCCCUGGAGAGCCAGGGGCCCAGGCCCUGUCGCGGACACCAUCACCGCACAGUCCGGCUGCGGCCAGGGUGAAAGCCGAGCUGUCCAGCCCCACGCCGGGCUCCAGCCCGGGACCCGGCGAGCUGGGCCUGGCUGGAGCGCUCUUCUUGCCCCACUACGUGUUCGGGCCAGACGCGGGCGCUCCCUCGGGCGCGCCGCAGGCCUCGGAGAUCCUGGCCAAGAUGUCGGAGCUGGUGCACAGCCGGCUGCAGCAGGGCGCGGGCGUGGCCGGGACCCCCGCCGGCCUCUUCGCAGGGGCCAAGGGCGCCACGUGCUUCGAGUGCGAGAUCACCUUCAACAACGUCAACAACUUCUACGUGCACAAGCGGCUCUACUGCUCCGGCCGCCGCCCGCCUGAGGACACGCCCGCCGCGCGCAGGCCCAAGACGAUUCCGGGCCCGCCGCGGGCGACCCCCGGCCCGCCCGCCGAGCCUGAGGCGACGCGCUCGUCUCCAGGCCCUGGGACGCGCGAGGACGACGCGGGCGAUGCGGCCACGCCCGAGGCCGAGGCGGCCGGCCGGGGCAGCGAGGGCAGUCAGAGCCCGGGCAGCUCGGUGGACGACGCGGAGGACGACCCUAGCCGCACACUGUGCGAGGCCUGCAACAUCCGCUUCAGUCGCCACGAGACCUACACGGUGCACAAGCGCUACUACUGCGCUUCGCGCCACGACCCUCCACCCCGCCGACCGCCCGCGCCCGCGCCCACCCCGCGCGCCCGCGGCGACCUGCUGGAACACCUGCGCCUGGCGCAUGGCCUGCGCGUGGCCCGGCCCGAGCCCAGCGCGCUGGACAGCCCCGAGGGCCGAGCGCCGCGCUCUCCGUCCCCGCCCGCUCCCAAUGCGGACCCCGCCGACCUGGGCACAACGACGCCCAGCAAGGGCCCGCCCGCGCCCGCGGCGUCCAGCCACCGCUACUGCCGCCUGUGCAACAUCAGGUUCAGCAGCUUGUCCACCUUCAUUGCGCACAAAAAGUACUACUGCUCAUCGCACGCCGCCGAGCACGUGAAAUGAGCCCGCCGCGUGGACCCGGGCACUCAAUAAAGACUUUCGCUGUGACCAGCGCGCUGGCCGCGGGCCUGGUUCUCUGAGCUCGGUCCCUGCGCCCCGCCCCCGAGGCCCGGGAAAAGAAGGGCUUGCACCUAGCUGGGCAAGGGCCACCUGGCAGUGCACUGGGAGGUUGCCGCGCGUGCUUGUGGAGGCCCAAAGUGACCGCCCCGCGGGCACCACCUCCAGCCCACUCUGCCAGAGCUAAGCCCUGCACAGGCCCAGAGCAGGCCUAGGCGGUGCUUGGCUGAACAGUCUGGCCAUGGCUUUGCGGCUGGGCAGGUGAGGGUACCUUCCAGCUGGAUUUACCUAGAAAACAAAUACACCCUUUUUCUACCAAUUC